CAAGUGGCUGCCACAACACCCAGUGCUGUUUUUAGUUUUCAGUGCUGAUGUCUGAAAAAUCAAGCUUUCAUGGAGACAGUUCUGUUGGUCCAAUGCAGUGAAGUUAUUCUGACCGAUUUCCAAAUGGACUGAAGGAAAACCAAGAAAGUAUAUACUUGACAGGAGGACACAAGCUGUUCUGGACACAGUGGCCAAGACAUGCAAAAUCGUCAAGAGGAAAAGGAGGCCAUUCAGAAGCGAACUUUCACCCGAUGGAUUAACAUUCAUUUGAAAAGGUGUGAGCCGCCAAUGGAGGUCUGUGACCUUUUCUCUGAGGUUCAGGACGGCCGUGUGCUCAUGGCUCUUCUGGAGGAGCUGUCUGGCUGCAAAAUGCUCUACAGAUUCAGACCCCCCACACACCGCAUCUUUAGACUGAACAACAUCACCAAGGUUCUUAACUUCCUUGAGGACAGAAAUGUGAAAUGUAAAAGCAUUGAUGCCUCAGACGUUGCUGAUGGUAUUCCCUCUGCUGUUCUUGGCCUGAUCUGGACCAUCAUAGUUCUUUUCCAUAUUAAGAAGUCUACAAGGAGCAUCAGACACAUUGUGUCUGCAAGCAGUGCGAAGUCUAUACAUGCCAGCAGAGAUGCCACAUCUAUCUGCGCCUCUGCCACGAGUGGUGAAUGGGGAUCAAACACCUUUCCAUCAAAGCGGAGAAAUUCAUCUCACACAUCCAAGUAUCGUGGCACAGCCAUCAAAACUCUUCUGCGAUGGGUCCAAAUAUGCACAUCCAAGUAUGAUGUUGAGGUGCGGGACUUUGGCCGGAGCUGGAGGAGUGGCUUGGCUUUCCUGGCGCUCAUCAAGUCCAUCAAUCCAGCUCUAGUGGACACAAGAGCAGCGCUGACCAAAUUACCACAGGACAAUGUGGCAGAAGCCUUCCGAGUAGCACACAGUGUCCUGGGUAUUCCUCCACUUUUAGACCUUGAAGAUGCAACAAUCCGGACACCAGAUGAACAAUCAAUCAUAACCUAUGUGACCCAGUUCUUGGAGUACAGACAAAAUCUUGAUAAGGUAAAUGGUUCAGAACUGUACAUAGGGAGUUGUGACACAAACACCUACUCACCUGAUGGCUUGAGCUCCCCUUCUUCAGCCAAUGAGAAACAUCCAAGUGUUACGGAACCUGCACUAUAUGCCUCGGAGGAGGGUAUUUCUUCUCCUGUCCAGACUGGUUCCUUUGAAGGGCAGAACUCCGAGAACACAUUUCCUGUGAAAGGCACAAGGGGGCAGGCUUGCGCUGAAUUGUCUGUGGAUGUUGAGACGCUGUCCUUGAGCUCGGAGGAGGGAGUGUACAUGCUCUCAACUCUGGAUUCUGAUGAGGAGGAAGCGUUCCAGUACAUCCUUGCACUCGAUGAAGAGGCCAAUGGUCACCCCAGACCAGACUUAGGGUUUCAGCCAGUGAUCGAGCCGAACAAACCCCAUCCAAUGUGCAGAGAAGAGAUUGGCUCAAAAAAUGAGAACGGGUGCAUUUCUGGAUUUCAACAGAUUGCAUUGGCAGAGCCCAUUGAAAUUGCAAUGGGUGAAAAUCAGUAUGCUUGCAAUGAUCUUAAUGGGUCCAUGUCAACACUUCCAGUAGAGGACAAAUGUGGUGAAAUAGUCCCUUUUGACCUGAUCACGGCUGGAGAGAAUAGCUCAGGGACUGACAGAGCAGGAUGUACAGAAGAAAACCGUCAAUCAGCAGCGGAGACAUCACAUCAGAGAGAGGAUCCACCAUCUAGGCAAGCACACAGUGAAAUAACAGAGAGCUUAUGUGCUAAGCUGGAACCACAAGGUCCCAGUGAAAACACGCUUAAGGAUCUACAGAACAACGAUGUUACCAAAGGCAAACACAUAGAUGAUGAAGAUCAACACGUGGAAUGGGCAGAAUCCAACCAAAUGGAUAAGUCCACACUUUGUUAUGACAUUAGAAGAGAUGCUGAGCAGUCAUCACUAAAACAGGCGGAAUGUUUAUCACAGGAAGAGGUUGAGGUUGAGGUUGUGAGAGAAAAGGACAUUUGUGACAUACAGGGUGUGAGUAGCCAACUUCUGGAGAGGGAGCCUAGGACGGACUACAGGAUGGAAAGAGUGGAAGAUCUGGAUGACAGGAACACAUGCCACCUUUCGUUCAAUGAGGACAUCACUGAACUGAGUACAGAUUCAACAAGAAAAGGGGUAUCGUUAUCAGGAACUGUGGAGACCUACUGUGGCGUUGACACAGAAGAGUUGCAUCUGCUCAAAUGGCUUUGGAUUCUCACUUACUGCCUCUUCAUCAUACCUCAACUGAACAUCUGUCAGUAUUUAAAUGACCUCCUAAAAUAAGAAUCAUCUGUCUCUAAACAUCUAAAGCAAAGACCUUUUAGGCAUGUCCCUUCAUUCAUGUGUGUACCAUUGUCAUACAAAAAUGUACUUGCAUCAACUUGCAUAGUAUUUUAAGGAAUAUAUAGUAUAUAACAGUUUUACAAAUGUCAUGGCAGUUCAAUUGUACUGAAUUUUUUUUUUUGUUUCUAUCCCCUCACUCAUGGUUUUCAAUAACCCUUUCUUUGAGUUGUUUGGAGUGUUAUUUUGUCUUCAUGAUGGAAUGAUAGGCAGAAAUAAUACUGAUUGACCAGUGACUAGACCUUCCAGGCAUGCACAAGUGUCUUCAUAUUACUACAGACAUUCACUGCACUCAGGCAAUCUCCAUUUCACUAAUCGUGAGACUAUCAGCACAAAUUGGCUGGACGGCUGUUGAUUUAUGUCAGUCACUUUAAGGGGGGGUUAAUAUUUAUGCAAUCGCUUACUUUGCAUUAUAUAUUUAUGAAUGAACUAAAAUUACUUUUGUAGAAAUGUGUUUUCACUUUGACAUUAAAGAAGGGAUUUUUGUAAAUGAUUGUAAAAAAGGCCAAAUUAAAUUAAGAAAGAUUCAAUUUAUUAAACCAAUAAAAGGGGAAAUGCCCAAGGGGGAUGAAUACCAUAUACGAAUGUCUGAGGACAUUUACAUUUUAGCUGUUAGUACUGAAUUUGUAAUCAAGGCAAGGAGUAUUGGGGUUAUUGAAAUGUGAAUAAAGUGCCUUCUGUUUGAAAUGGUGUCAAUCAGAUACUGAAGAUAACUGUUCCCUUUCUGUGCAUGGUGGCAACAUGGUGGACCACGUGGGGAUUAU